ACAAGAGGGCAUGGCAACACCACAAGAUGGGGUAGUAGUACAACAAGAGGACAUGCCAACACCACAAAAAUGGGUAACAAGAAUGCAAGAGUGGAUGGUAACACCGCAGGAGGUAGUGGCCCCACCACAAAAGGUUAUGGACAAUGCCCUAGGGGCGAUAGAGACUAUAAUCAUGUACAAGAAAGGUAUAGGAAUGAGGAUUGUCCAAAUGACAGUAGACCAACAACAGACCAAAAGAAACAACAGUUUCUUAACUUCCCAUUUAUAGAACAUUGUGAAACAAUCCGUUUAUUAGCACAGUUUCAUGUCAUGUUUAUAUUGAGAGGUGCACCAGGAAGUGGCAAGACCACUGUUGCCAGAGCCAUCUUGGAGCAGGCUAAAGAUCAAGCCAUUGUUUGUUCUGCUGAUGAUUUUCGUUACAAUGAGAAUGGAGAGUAUGUGUGGCAAAAAGAAAAACUGGAGGAAACACACAACAAAUGUAAAAAAAAGGCAGAGGAAUUUGCUGCUCUUGGCAAACCUUCGAUCAUCAUAGACAACACAAAUAUAAGAACAUUUGAAGUGGAACCUUACAUGAAGAUAGCUCAACAAUAUGGCUACGUUGUUGUGUUGGUUGAACCAAAAACUCCGUGGAAGCAUCAGGCUAGAGAGUUGGUUAAGAAAACUCCCCACAAUGUUCCACUUGGCACUAUAUUUAAACGACUUGAGGAUUUUGAUGAAAUUUUGCCAUAUUACUUUGGUUGGUUUCUCUCACCAGAGGAUAGUGUGAAACUGCCGACAAUGGCUAAAGAUAUUUUGUCGAAAAGCUUACAAGUAGCCGAGUUCCAACACUUUAUCAAAGCUUUCGCAGCUCGUUUCACUGAAGAGUUCACGGUUGAUGACAUCGUGUCUUACUACUUGAUGAACGAGCAAAAGGAGCCAUACCACGUCACCGCAUGUUUUUCACCUCGAGGAAAAUACCUGGGCGGUUCACCAUAUCACAAAGCACGAGCAGUCGUGGGUGCUUUAGGUCAGAUCUCAUUUGUGUCCAUCGUUGGUUUAGUUGUAACCGAAAACACCUUCAGCGCUCGUGUCACUCUCACAAAUACGCAACGUAAAUUGUGGAUGAAGGAAGACCAACGUUGUCCAAGAAAAGGUCACGGGUAUGGUAGAGUCGUUUCACCAUGGGCUGUCCAAGGAAUCACAAGAUCCUUGCAGAAAUUACCAUUAGAGGAUAGUGCUCGCCCAGUUACAGACAGACGCGAUAACUGUUCAGAUGCAAGCACACAUAUUACCCUUGGAACAAGACAAAACGUAAAUCCAGUUCAAGCCAAAUACGAUGUUGAAGCAGUCAUAAACUUAGAGGUCACGUCUGAAGAGUUUGAAGAGUAUACGUUGGUUGAUGGAGUUGGUAUGAUAAGAAAAUACAGCGAUGACGUCUGGGCGCUGUACUUCAACCAAGCCAACAUUAUGAAAAUACCAGUAAUCUUUUCUGGUCACUAUGCCCAACGUAUUGUCAAUGAUUUUAUGGAUGAGAUCGAUGAUUUCUAAUCAUAUUUGUAUUUUGUAGAUUUGUUUUUAUUACGUAGAUAAUAGCGCCAAGUUUUAUCUCAGUGUAAAUAAUAUAUUACAAACAAAUAUAUCCGAAUAUAUAUGUACCUAAAAUUUCCGACAAAUAAAGACAAUUUUAGCAUUUCUGCUUUUCAAUCUAUUGUUGGGAAAACUGCAGAGGAAAACCGCAAAUUCUCUCGUUUUUGUGAUCUCUAUAAAGAGCCUGGGAUUGCGUGAGUUGAUGAGAUAUUUUCAAAUGUUAAUAUCAC